CCCAGUCUUCUGGGCUACCCGGUCACAACAAUCACGGGGAGGGAAGAAGUACAUUACUACAAGGAGAAUGGAAAAAUUCUCUCGUUGGAAUCUCGCAACUAUUCUUAUCAAUUGUUUUCUGUGCGCUAGCGGCCUAGAUGAGUUUUCUCCCGACAGCCCUGUGGCCGCGUUCGAAUUUGGCGCUAUCACAAAGAAUGAAGAUAUUCAGAAUACUAGCAGCUCGACCUUGAGGCUGGAAGAUAUUGUUUUAAUUUCAAGAACACAGCAAAAUUCAUACCACAUAAAGAAGGCAGAAGAAUUUAAACAAAAUCUAACUUCACAAGUUUCACCUGAGGAUAAAUUAUUUCUUAGAAUGCUUCAUGAGACAUGGGCACCCUAUGGGGCGUGGUCUAUAUUCCCUAUCCUGCCUAGUUUACUACAGCGUUAUGCAGAUAAUAAAGCUUGGAUCUUUUUCUGUGAAGAAGAUACAGUCAUUGACUUAAAAAAACUAAUAGAAGUUCUUGGCAAAUACAAUGCAAGCAAAGAGCUAUUCCUCGGACAUGCCAUUCAGGAUCCACGCCCAGCUAUUAUUCAUCAUUUUGCAUUUGUUGAAGACCCUUCGCAGUUCUCAUUUCCAGACUUUGCAGCAGGUUGGGCAAUCAGCAUACCCUUGCUCAAAAGCAUGAGCAAACGUCUGGAGUCCAAACCAAUCAACUCAGACUUUACAAUUGACGUCCAGCACGAGGUAGCUAUGUUCAUUCGUAAUGAGGGUGAGGGGACCUUGUUGACUGAUGUUCCUGAGUUAUGUACCACCCUCCCUGGAACCCAGGAACACUGUGCCACAUCAUACAACAGCUCCAUCUCCUGUGGGCGAAUUUCAAGCGAUGAUAUUUUCUUUGCCGUCAAGACGACUAAAAAGUACCACGGCGAUAGAGUCCCUGUUGUGAAAAAAACCCUGGGUCAGCAUGCCAAGCAUGUAGUUUUCUACAGCGAAACAGAAGACCCAGAUGUUCCUACAGAAAAUAUCGGCGUGCCAAAUACAGACACAGGUCAUUGUGCCAAGCUAAAAGCGAUUAUUGAUCGAUCGGCGGUUGACCGUCGAUUCUCCGAUAAGCCCUGGCUCGUAGUUAUUGAUGAUGACACCAUCAUGAGUGUACCGCGCAUGCAGCAGCUCCUAGCGUGUUACGACCCGCAAGAGCCCAUCCUUCUCGGGGAGCGUUACGGAUUUGGUGUUGCCACUGGAUACGGAUAUGAAUACGUCACUGGCGGAGGAGGGAUGGUUCUCAGCCGAGCUGGUAUCAACAUGCUGCGUGAGAGUGGCUGUGGAUGUUGGCAGGAUAACUCACCGGAUGACAUGUGGCUCGGGAACUGCUUCAGGAACCUCAACAUCCCCGUGACUCAUAGCCCCGCCUUCCAUCAGGCACGGCCGGUAGAAUACGUUGCGUCCCUACUAGACCAUCAAUCAGCAGUCUCCUUUCACAAGCACUACGACAUCGACCCGAUAGCCGUGUACAGAGACUACCUGAGCUAACACUACGACAUCGACCCGAUAGCCGUGUACAGAGACUACCUCUGAGCUAACACUACGACAUCGACCCGAUAGACGUGUACAGAGACUACCUGAGCUAACACUACGACAUCGACCCGAUAGCCGUGUACAGAGACUACGUGUACAGACUACCUGAGCUAACACUACGACAUCGACCCGAUAGACGUGUACAGAGACUACCUGAGCUAACACUACGACAUCGACCCGAUAGACGUAUGAAGACUACCUGAGCUAACACAGCGACAUCGACCCGAUAGACGUAUGAAGACUACCUGAGCUAACACAGCGACAUCGACCCGAUAGACGUGUAUGAAGUCCGAGCUAACACUAUGACAUGCAUCUUAGACGCCCUUUGUAUGUCAAAAGAUCGUGAUCAUAUUCUUGGUCGAGAAACUGCAACAUGGCGUUUGUUGUCCUGUCGGGGUCUUCUAUUUUAGCGCGUCUUGUUUAACUAAACGUUGUGGGUUUCUUCGGUCUCAUAGCACAGAAAUAAGUUCACCGAAGAUUAAUCCACUUACACUUAUAAGUACUGCAGAAAGUUUUGGGGUAUUAUUCUAGCCUUAGAAAGGCAUUAGAAAAGGUUUAUAGGAUUUAGUUCUUAAAAUGUUAUAUAUUAAUAUAUAUUCUAUCUGAAAUAUGGGAUCGGGGAACUGUUUAACUUAUUCGUCUUUCACUGACCCAAUCCGCCCCACACUAGAGUUUUUCUAUUGUAUUAUUUGCCUAAAAUAGAUAAAAGCCUAAAGAUUAGCAUUAGAAUUUGAGCUGUUUAUCCAGCUUUACAUUAAUGUACACAUUGUAUUAUACCGUCUAGAGAGCUUAUUGUGUGGGGUGAUAAAUGUUGAAUUGUAAAUAUACCGAGCGCGGACCUCGUGUUGUGACGUAAGGAAAACAAAAGUUAUAUAUAGCUUGAAAAGCAUCUCAUAAAUCAGACGUUAUUAUUCAAGAUUAAAAUGUCAAAACAAAUUGAAA